ACUUCCGGUCACUCGGGUGUAAGUCAUCAGGAGGCGGAAGCGCAGCGGCGGCGGGAAGGUGGAAGAACGCCGCAUUGAGUUCGGUUUACCGGUCUUUACGUGGUCGCGCUCCCUUGGAGAACGUGACCAGAAGGCGAGGCGGUCCCGGGCUCUCUAGCCUCGCGGUGAUUGUAAAGUGCAGACCACUUGCCACAGAACAUAGUUGAAACAGAAAAUAGGAAGAUGGCAGCAAACCCUUCAGGACAAGGUUUUCAAAACAAAAAUAGAGUUGCAAUCUUGGCAGAACUGGACAAAGAAAAAAGAAAAUUACUAAUGCAGAACCAAUCUUCAACAAAUCAUCCUGGAGCUAGCAUUGCGCUCUCGAGACCCUCUCUUAACAAGGACUUCCGGGACCACGCUGAGCAGCAGCACAUUGCAGCCCAGCAGAAGGCGGCUUUGCAGCAUGCACAUGCACAUUCAUCUGGAUACUUCAUAACUCAAGAUUCUGCAUUUGGGAAUCUUAUUCUUCCUGUUUUACCUCGCCUUGACCCAGAAUGAAGACAAUAUUUGUAACAAAAGUAACUUUGUAAUAUCAAAUGCCAAAGCUACUAUCAGUCAGUGCUAUACAAACUGUGACUU